AUGCAGUUUUCAUGGAUCAUAAUUUGGAAGAUAUGCAAUGAACCUUGUGUUGUCAUUUUUCAGCCGCCUAUGAGUAAAGCUCGAAAAUCUAUAAUAGCUGAAGCAUUUAAUAAAUUAGACAAGACUGGAGAUCAAGUCAUUACCAUUGAGGACCUCAAGGGAGUUUACAAUGUUAAGAUGCAUCCAAAAUACCAGAAUGGAGAGAUGACAGAAGAACAGAUUUUUAUAAAGUUUUUAAACACUUUCGAGGUUGGCAGUGCUGAAAUGGAUGGAAGGAUUACUCGAGAUGAAUUCAUGAACUACUAUGCUGGUGUCAGUGCUUCUAUAGACAAUGAUGCUUACUUCCUCCUUAUGAUGAAGAAUGCCUACAAACUGUGAAUAUGCGCCAAGCUUCCUGUUAGAAUUGUACAACUUAGAACUACAGAGCUAUGUGGUGUACAGUCAGUGCUGGUGGCCAUGGAGAGGUGGUCUAGAAAUUAGUUGAUUGUUGGCAGCCUUUGGAGUAGCCACUCCUAUAGAGCACAUGCAACAUCACAGGAAUUUGUACAUACAAUUGUGACAGCAUUUAAUGCUUUCAGAAACAUUAUAUUUACUUAAAAUAAAUAUAACUUUCAUGGAAAUUAAUGACCAAUUUUUACUUUCUUUUUACCCCAUUGCGACGCACUCAAGCUGGUAGUCUGUGAUACUGUAGGACUUGCUCACCACAUGGUAGAGCCUGCAUAGAGAAACAGAUUCUCCAACGGAGAAUUACUCACAAUGUAUGGAAAGCAAUAAGGAGAAUCUCAAUGUUGAUCAUGAGAGAGAAACGAUGAUAUACCUACAACGUUUUUUAUUUUGUUUAUUAGUUGUAAGCGAGAAAGUGUUCGCCCUCUUUCAGUCCUGUUGUUUUUAUGUUGCUCGAACCCUUCGUGAUCUCAGAAGAAAAUAUUUUUUUUCAUAACUUUUUAUGAUUAUUAUUUUUUAAUUUAUGCUAUUUGAAGGACUGUUUGUGUUCCUCCAAUAAAGCGUAAAGCCCACUCAAUAAUACAUGUAAUUGUAAACUUUACUUUAGACAUUUUCCGACAUUUUCAGAAAUAAAGAUAAACAACUGAAAAUAACA